AUGGACGAACCUAACAUUUCCAUGAGGCAAAUUCGUAAACAAAUUUCAGAAUUAUUGGCUAUUGGCGAACGUUCAAUCCACACAAUCAUUAAGGCUUACAAUGAGACAAAGACGGUGCCAGUCGCAAAAACCACACGUAACAAAAAAUCAUUUCGUGAUCUUUUUGAUGAUUUUGCAAAAAACGCAGUACGCAGGCACGUGCAUAGCAUCUGGUUUCGCCGUGAAAUUCCUACGAUAGAUAAAAUCCACCAAGCCGUAUCAGCCGACGACAGUUUGCCAACAGUAUCACGCACAAAUUUAUUUCAUCUUUUAAAAGAUUUAGAUUUCCGUUACAGUAAGCGAAGUAGGAACAGUGCUAUGACUGAAAAGAAUGAAAUUGUUUGGUGGCGCAGAAUGUAUUUGGAUAGCAUUAGAAAAUACCGGGAAGAGGGUCGACAUAUUUAUUUUUUCGACGAAACAUGGGUGAAUGCUGGCGAUUGUACAUCGAAAACGUGGGUCGACACAACAGUACGGUCUCACCGGGAUGCAUUCUUGAAAGGUCUAUCGACAGGUGCAGUUAAUCCAUCUGGCAAAGGGAAACGACUUAUUGUACUCCAUAUCGGCUCUGAAGAUGGUUUUGUACUCGGUGGUUUGUUGUGUUUUGAAUCGAAAAAAAAUACAAGUGACUACCAUGAUGAGAUGAAUGGCGACACAUUUCGUGAAUGGAUGGAGGGCACUCUACCUCGCCUAAAACCGAACUCCGUAAUUGUUAUGGACAAUGCGUCCUACCAUUCCGUGAAAAUAGACAAAGCCCCAACAUCGAAUACACAAAAGGCAGAUAUAAUUAAGUGGUUGGAGGAUAAGGGAGAAGUGGUAGACCGAACUAUGGUUAUCCCUCAACUUUUACACAUAGUGAAACGUUUAAAACCAGCACAUAAUAGGUAUGUUAUUGAUGAACUAGCAAAAAACAGUGGUUACACAGUAUUACGACUUCCACCAUACCACUGUGAGCUUAACCCGAUUGAGCUGGCAUGGUCAUCGGUGAAGAACCAUGUUCGGAUGAACAACACAACUUACAAACUUCCGGAUGUGAAAAAAUUACUAAUAGAGGGCAUAGAUCGAGUUGACGCACAAAUGUGGAAAAAUUUUAUUAGUCACACGAAAAAAGAAGAGGUAAAAUUUUAUGAGGUCGAUAAUAUAAUAGACGAGAUGUUGUCCGCGGAGAAAGAUGAUUUGGUGAUGACUAUUACGGGGGACACAUCAUCUGAAACGGAUUCAGAUACUGAAUAA